AUGCAACAAAAUGAAAAGCAUUUUACGCAAAAGAACAUCUUGUUUAUGGGGUCACCCAAUUCAGGAAAAUCAACACUGUGUGGAUGUUUGGUAUGCCAUGAUGAUAUGAGAUAUGUUGAACUAACAGCGAAUCGAUUAUUUCAAGAUGUGGAGGAACAUUUACGACCCAGUAAACAACUCCAAAUUCUGGAAGCGUAUAGACACUGCUCUCAUAAAACCAACUAUCCUGAGCGUGCGAGAAAAAUUCAAAUCGCAAUUCAUCAUAAAAGCGAUGAAAAUAAGAAAGAAAUUCUAACAUUCAUGGAUGUUUCGACACGUAAGAAAAAAAUAGAUUGUUUCAUCAAGGCUUGUUUUUUGGCAGAUAUCGCCGCACUCGUGAUCGAUGUUACGGAAAACAUUUUUGAAAAAGAAAUUGAAAACUUUGAUUCAACGUUGAAUAAUCAAUUGCGUAUAGCUAAAUCUGUUGGAAUUCCCCACAUGAUUGUCUGUUUGAAUAUGUGUGAUAAAGCACAACAAUUACAUUCCCGAUUCAAGGAAAUAGUGUCAUGCUUGGAUCCUAAAUUACGAAAAUUGGGAUGGAAAAACGUUCCAUAUAUCCCAGUAUCUUCGGUUGAUUUUGGACUAAAUAUUUUACAUAACUCUGGAAUAUUUUCUUUCUAUAAGGGAGAAUCUUUGUGGAAUACGUUAAAAACUUUGGAAAUUUCCAAAGAUAGUUUGAAAUUGCAAGACAAACCUCUGAAAAUGGCUGCGGUUGAUGUUUUUAGAAUUGGGGGUGUUGGUACUGUGAUCAUUGCAAGAAUUGAGAGCGGAAUACUGCGGGAAGCUGACAUCAUCGAAGUUUAUCCAAAACCAAACAAGUCUGGGUUGUCAAAUCUUUGGAAAUUGCAUUCAAUUCUAUCAAGCAUGCCACUGUUGGAGAUUUUGUUGGGAUCGCACUAA